AGCAAACCGCCAAACACAAUUUACCGAUGUGGCAUCUGAAGUUAUUGCAGAAUUUAGAUACUCAUUUAAAACUAAACCAACACACAAGUCCACAUUGAGAAGAAAAGCAGAAGAAGAAGAAGAAGAAGAAGAAUUUUUUAGAUUUCUCUCUUCUAUUCUGCAUGAGCUUCUUUUCUUCACCAUGGACCAUUCACCUCAACAUGGCUUCAAGAGACCAGAAGAAGGAGAGUUCAACUUGAGAGAAUGGGGUCUCAAAGCUAGAAUUAGCCGCGAAAAUACCAAUUCAAGGAGAUAUUCUGCUUCAUUUAUAAGAAGUUUUAGGGAAGAUACCAAGUCUUUUAGAUCAAACAUAACCAUUUCCAGCACAGCCUCUUCCCCUGGUUACUCCUUAAGAGAUGAAAUAGACCCAUCUACAUAUUCAUUCACCACAGCAAUCCAAGCUUUGCAGGCAAGGUCAGCUGCUUAUAACUGUUGGGACUGCUUAUCCCCAGAUGGGUUUGCUUUAAAUUCGAAGUGGAAUGAAGCAGAGAAAUACAUAUGUAACCCUCUUUCAGGGGAGUUUCCAAUGGAGUGUUUGUCUGCAAAAACACUCAGUGGAAGAUCCUUUCGUAACGUAACAAGUAGAAUAACAAUGUCAGCUCCUCUCAUUUACUCUUCUUCUUCUUCAUUCUCUCGGCAUAUCCAAACAAGGCCUUCUAAUACUAAUACUGCCUUAGAAGAUACACUUCAUCAGUUUCCUAUUCCAGAAAAGAAAAUGGAAGCCAUGACUAGGGAUGUGGGCACUCAAAGCACCCCACCAGACCUUAGUUCGAGCAGCCUUAGCCCUGCUUCAACCCCACCCAUUACAGAGAGAUCGUUAAAACGUUUUGGGAUUGAAGGAGGAGGAGAUUUUCCCAAUUCAAAUGCCAAAGUAAAACCAGAAGAACUGGUGAAUGUGAAAGUGAAAGAAACAAGAGAGGAAGAAGAAGAAGUGAGACGAGAAGAAGAGGAAAAGACAAAGGAAAAAGAUAAGCAAAAGAGCAGGCAUAUUGGGGGUUGCUUGUCAUGGUCGUGGAUGAGUAAAAGGAAAAGAGAUAAACACAAAUUGAGAAGCAAGUUCUUUCUUUCUAAUAAUCUAAAAGGGUGCUAAAACAAGGGCUACAAAGAUUCUCUCCUCUUAUUCUCUCUCAUAUCUUAACCAAGAAUCUUGCUCGGCUAGCUAGAUUAGAUAUUAGCUAGCUAGUGGAAAAAAAAAAGAGUUCAUGAUAGGUGGAAAAAAAGAAAAUGGAGAACAAUCAUGGAGGACUAUGGGGUCUAUGAUUGUUGGUUUUUUCUGACUUUCUUCUGAGGCAGUAGCGCCCACUGAUCUUUAUGUUUUAUUCUUCUUGUGGUGAAAACUUGGCCCGACAGCUUUGAAUUCACGUGCAUGCUUUUAAUUGUUAGCUCACUCUUUCAAACUCUCCCUCACUCACCACACCUUCACCAUUUUGGAAUGUAUGUUUAAACUUUGCCAAGGAUCAAUAUAUAUGAAGGAAAAAAAAACAAUUGGCUUAACAAUGACAGCGGCUUUACGAGAUUUGUACGUAGCAUUAGCUGGUUUUGGUGGAGCCCAUUUAAGAGAGAGAGAUGUUUUGGCACUCUACUACAAGUAACCUCUCACUACAAUUAAUGAACUGUUAUCAGAACCUGUUCUUCCUCGAGAGAUAAUAUUUGUUAGAACUAUAUUUAGCCUUUUCAAAGUACAUGUUUUUUUUUCA